CUCUUCGGACUCCAGUAUUCAAAUAUUCAUGGCGCAGUCAAUCUCACAGGCUUUGGAUGGAAUUUCUCUUUCAGAUUCGACGCAGAGUGCAGAAGCGACUACUGUCACUGCAGCUCACGAACAGCUAGUAACCCCUUGGGAUGUUCAAGGUUCUGUUACCGAAGACGGAAAGCAAAAUGCUAUAGACUACAAUAAACUUGUCGACCAGUUUGGUACUCGAAGGAUUGAUCCUGCAAUGCUGGAACGCUUUGAACGUUUGACUGGACAUAAACCUCACAUUUUUCUCCGCCGAGGAAUGUUCUUCUCUCAUCGAGAAUUCGACGCGAUCCUCAACCGAUACGAACAAGGAAAACCCUUUUUUCUUUAUACUGGACGGGGACCAAGUAGCGAUAGUAUGCAUCUCGGUCACAUGGUUCCAUUUGUGUUCACAAAAUGGCUACAAGACGUAUUCGAGGUUCCUCUAGUGAUCCAGCUCACCGAUGACGAAAAGUUCCUUUUCAAACAUGAGCUCAAGCCAGAACAGACGCAGGCAUUUUCGAGACAGAACGCCCGCGACAUCAUCGCCUGUGGUUUUAAUCUAGAACGGACAUUUAUUUUCAGCGAUUAUCAGUACAUGGGAGGUGCCUUCUACCAAAAUGUCUCCAAAAUCUCAAGGCAGAUCACAUAUAACCAAGUGAAAGCAGCAUUCGGCUUCACAGAAUCGGAUAACAUAGGAAAGGUCCACUUCGCAGCGAUCCAGGCAGCACCGUCGUUCUCGAAUUCAUUCCCUCAUAUAUUUGGCACUAUCUCCAACAUUCCAUGCCUCAUUCCCUGCGCCAUUGACCAAGAUCCUUACUUUCGUCUGACCCGUGAUAUAGCACAGAAGUUAAAAUAUCCUAAACCGGCGCUCAUUCAUUCAAAAUUUUUCCCCGCGCUGCAAGGUCCACAAACGAAGAUGAGUGCCAGUGACCCAAACAGCAGCAUAUUCAUGACAGACAAGCCUGCGCAAAUCAAGAAUAAAAUUAACAAGCAUGGCUUUUCGGGGGGAAAAGAGACUGUAGAAGAACAUAGACGCCUCGGGGGCGACCCGGAUGUUGACGUCAGCUAUCAAUAUCUCUCUUUCUUCCUCGAGGAUGACGCGGAGCUUGAGAGGAUAGGGCAGGAUUAUCGAGCGGGACAGUUGCUGACGGGGGAGCUGAAAGCCAAAUGUAUUGAGCAACUACAGGCCUUUGUUACUGGUUUCCAGGAGCGACGAGCAAAGGUGACCGACGAGGUCGUUGACGCAUUCAUGAAUUCCAAUCGCAAGAUUGAGCCUACGAUUGGAAAAGUGCAAAGUUGAAUAGGUGACGCACUUCGGGGUGAUUUGUAAAUUGUGACUUCUGAGGCACGCCUGUCGACCACUCAAUUCUAACUUGUUGCAUAUGCAGUACACAGUACUUAUCCUCCCUAACGCGGAUUGAGGGUUUGGCACAGUGCAUUGAAUGGCAUUCAGUAGUUCUUUUAGACUACGUAGCGGCCAACCUUUCGUCAGCGCUGAUUUUGCCACCCGACCAGUCAAAAAGUGGCUCUACUUGGCGACCUUCCCAAUCGUCUAGCGCUUGUAAAGCAGCCUUCCCCCAAUCAUAUGUUUCAUGUUC